AUUUCCUGCCAACCGUAGAAUCGGGGUUUACUUUUCGAUCAGAUAACGCCUUAUCUGACGUUUGCGCCGACUUUGAAGAGCAAUGCUAACGCUAGAUCAGCCUCUGAGUAACUUUGUGUAUGUCUCAAGAGCGUUGUCCAAAACAGGAUAUUUUGGUUUAGAUUGCGGAACUAACUUGUCAAACCAAGGUGGCUGCUGAGAAGAAAAUGUUUUCUGUGUGAAGAAUUGGGCAUAGUGCCUUUGUACAUUUUGUUUAUUUACAAGUUUAUUCGUGGGGAUAAAAUGGAGAAUAAUGUCAAGUUUACAAGAUUCUUAUCAGAAGAAAGCAAUUGUUCCACCCUUUCGUCAGAUUCCUGUGAGUAUUAUCAUAUGGAGAUAUUUGACCUGCUGCCAAGUAACCAGGUGGUCCGGCCUGAGCAGAGCAGGCAGGAUGCUUCAGAGCACAUGUCCAAAGGACCUCGAGACAUUUCUUCUCAGCCACUAAGGAAUCUUACCAUAUGCAUUCAAGGAAAAAGACAUGCCAGGAACAGAAGAAAUAUGCAAACCAGCAACAUUGGUUUCUGGGAGUCUUGGAGGCAGAGCCAGACCACCAACAACAAGAGAGUGUGGUCUAAGUUGGGAGAAGCUAUUUCAAGACCAGUACCAUGGAAGCACACGCUACAUGUCAUUGAAGGACGGUUUGGCGUGGGCGUAAAUGCCUAUUUUGUAUUCCUCAGAUACCUGGUAUACUUGAAUCUUGUCAACUCUGCUGUCAUAUGUGCUUUUAUUCUGGGGCCUACAGCAUUUUAUGGUAGAGGCAACACAACUGAUGCAUUAAAGUUUGGAGGCAAUGACUCAGUUCUGGAUUUCUUUCUUGGCUCGGGCUACCUGGAUCGUUCUCCAGUCUUCUAUGGUUUCUAUACACGUGGUUCACUCAGUUAUUCUUGCCUGAAUACUCCACUGCUGUACCUCAUUGGAAUCCUUGCUAUCCUCCUCCUCAGUGUCAUUGUGGAGAUCCGUAGAACAACCAUUGGCUACAAGCACAAAUGGAUGCUGGGAAAGCGUUCCAGGAUGAAUGUGAGCUACAAGAUCUUUUGCGGCUGGGAUUUCACCAUCAAGGAUGCUGAUACAGCCACGCUCAACCGUAGCUUCCUGAGGAAUGACCUCAAGCUAUACUUGGAAGAACAGCGUUUCUCCCUGUAUGCAGCAAGAAGGACAUUGUUGCAGCGGAUGCGUCUCUACCUGCUCCGGAUCAUCCUCAACCUCUUUGUUCUGUCUCAACUGGGUGGAGCAUUCUACCUUCUCUACUUUGCAAGUGAAACAUCACAGUCUAUUGGAAAGAGCAACCACUACUGGUUAGUCAGACUCCUUCUCCAGUACCUCCCGCCGAUCACCAUCACCUUUGUUAACCUUGUCCUCCCGCCCAUCUUCCGAAAAAUUUCAUUUUUUGAGGACUAUUCUUUCACCAUGCAGGUUAAUAUCACAUUGGUGAGGAGCAUCUUUUUGAAGCUUGCCUCAUUGGGGAUUUACUUAUUUUUUGUCUACACAACAACACAUGAGCAAUGCACAGAGAACCAAUUUGGAAGCGAGAUGUACAAACUCUGCAUCUUUAACUUCCUUGCCACUUUCUGCACUGCCUUCCUCGUCAAUUAUCCCAGGAAGCUGAUCCAAGAGAAGUUCCACUCAUCAUUACUGGGCCGGUUAUCAGGGAAGCAACAUUUCUUGGUCCCCAUCAAUGUGCUAGAUCUGGUCUACGUUCAAACGGUGUCUUGGGUGGGUGUCUACUUCUGCCCUCUGCUGCCUUUGAUAGGAACUGUCACGCUGAUACUGACAUUCUACAUCAAGAAGUUCACAGUCUUGCGGUGCUGUGCGGCGGAACGGAGGAUGUUUCGAGCCUCCAACUCCUCAGUUUUAUUCCACUUCAUGUUGCUGCUCGGUCUUGUCAUGGCUGCCACCACGCUGGGCUUCACCCUCUUCCAGCAACAACCCACAGUGGACACAAACAUAUUCUCACAGCAUUCCCCCUGUGGCCCAUUUGGAAAUGGAUCAAGUAUGGUUAGUGUGGUAGGAGUGUGUGUGGAAAGUCUUCCAAACGUGGCAAAAACCAUUAUCCGCUACCUGACCUCUGAGGCUUUUGCACUGCCACUCUUAUUUGCUGAGAUAAUGAUCUUAACCUCCUAUCUGUCACAAAGAAGAGCCAAUCGAAAGACUAUCGAGAGACUUAAAGAUAUGCUGGUUAUGAGCAGUUCAGAUAAGCGUUUCCUGGUGAAAAAGCAUGCGACAAUGCUGCGACAUAAAAGCAGGCUCUCUCUACAUGCUAAGAGAACACCCUCUCAACCUACAUGAACAGGAGGACCAUUAGCCUGUCUUCCACUCAAACAAAAACAUUUCACUUAACCACACCGCAUUUGAGUAUUAUGUAAUAAUCUCUAUUUGUUCUUGUUCUUUCUCAAUUCAAUGUAAAAACCAAUGUAAUAGCCUUAUUAUUUUUGUUUUAUUAUUAUUACUCCUACUACUGUUAUUAUUAUUAUUAUUGUUAUUAUGUUAUUAUUAUUGUUAUUAUGGCUUUACUGUGCUAAUAUUAUUAUUGUUAUUAUGGCUUUACUGUACUAAUUGUGCUUCUAAUUUCUUUUUACAUGCAUUCAUUGGAUCGAAACACUUUCAUUUGUUGUGCUUUGUAAGACGUAUGAACAUUCAAAGUAGUGAUCAUUAAAGCCACGCAUGAAGCCAAA